CCACUCUCCAUCUCCCAACACCCUAUGUCCCACUCCCUCAAACCAGAAUGUACACCUCUUAAACACAAGUACGACGCUUGCUUCAACACAUGGUUCGAGGGAUACCUACAGCCGCCACCGGGGGGCAAGUCAGAGAGCGAGGAAGCGCAAAGACAGUGGCAGAGGGAUAAGAGGGACGAGUAUGAGAGGACGUGUGGGAAAGUGUGGGAGGGGUAUAGGGCGUAUUUGGAUGGCGCUCUGACAGAAAAAGGACUAGACGACCUGCUCCAACAAGCGAGAGAAGAGAACCCUCUAAUAGAAGCAGAGCCUGCAGAAGCAAGACACUGACUUUCUGCAUCUGGACGACGGCAGAGCUGAGAUCGGGGCCGACGAGCACGGACAAAGUUGGCAGAACUGUGUACGGUACAUGGGACAGCCGGGAUGGGACGCAUAACACGUUUGGACGCAUCUAUGCAUGUACGAAUAGAAACAUCAUCGCACC